AUGAAGAAAUGGAGGAGCUCAGAUUCAGGGGAGUCUGAGGACCCACCCCAAGAGGACUCCUGCCCAGACCCCCUGGAUGGAGACCCUAAUUCCAGGCCAGCUCCAGCCAAGCCCCAAUUCUUCACCACGGCUAAGAGCCGUAGCCGGCUUUUCGGGAAGUGCGACUCAGAGGAGGCUUCUCCUAUGGAUUGCUCUUAUGAAGAAGGCCAGCCAGCCUCCUGCCCAGCCAUCACAGUCAGCCCUGUUGUCAUCAUCCAGAAGCAUGAGGAUGGCCCCACCUGUGCCAGGCAGCCAUCCCAGGAUUCUGUCACUGCUGCACCUGAGAAGAGCCUCAAGCUCUAUGAUCGCAGGAAGAUCUUUGAAGCGGUCGCUCAGAAUAACUGUGAGGAGCUGCAGAGCCUGCUGCUCUUCCUGCAGAGGAGCAAGAAGCACCUCAUGGACAGCGAGUUCAAAGACCCAGAGACAGGGAAGACCUGUCUGCUGAAAGCCAUGCUCAACCUGCACGAUGGGCAGAAUGACACCAUCCCCCUGCUCCUGGAGAUUGCCCAGCAGACGGACAGCCUGAAGGAGUUAGUCAACGCCAGCUACACAGACAGUUACUACAAGGGCCAGACGGCCCUGCACAUUGCCAUUGAGAGGCGGAACAUGGCACUAGUCACCCUCCUGGUGGAGAACGGGGCAGACGUCCAGGCUGCAGCCAACGGGGACUUCUUUAAGAAAACCAAGGGGCGGCCUGGAUUCUACUUUGGUGAGCUUCCCCUCUCCUUGGCUGCAUGCACCAACCAGCUGGGCAUUGUGAAGUUCCUGCUGCAGAACUCUUGGCAGCCAGCAGACAUCAGCGCCAGGGACUCCGUGGGCAACACGGUGCUGCACGCACUGGUGGAAGUGGCCGACAACACAGUGGACAACACCAAAUUUGUGACGAGCAUGUACAACGAGAUUCUGAUCCUAGGGGCCAAGCUCCACCCUACACUGAAGCUGGAGGAGCUCACCAACAAGAAGGGGCUGACCCCACUGGCUCUGGCCGCCCGGAGUGGGAAAAUUGGGGUCUUGGCCUAUAUUCUCCAGAGGGAGAUCCAGGAGCCUGAGUGCAGGCAUCUGUCCAGGAAGUUCACCGAAUGGGCAUACGGGCCCGUGCACUCCUCGCUCUACGACCUGUCCUGCAUUGACACUUGUGAGAAGAACUCGGUGCUGGAGGUGAUUGCCUACAGCAGCAGUGAGACCCCUAAUCGCCACGACAUGCUUUUGGUGGAACCUCUGAACCGACUCCUGCAGGACAAAUGGGACAGAUUUGUCAAGCGCAUCUUCUACUUCAACUUCUUUGUCUACUGCUUGUAUAUGAUCAUCUUCACCACGGCAGCCUACUACAGGCCUGUGGAUGGCUUGCCUCCCUAUAAGCUGAAACACACCGUUGGGGACUAUUUCCGAGUCACUGGCGAGAUUCUUUCUGUAUCAGGGGGAGUCUACUUUUUUUUCCGCGGGAUUCAAUAUUUCCUGCAGAGGCGGCCGUCACUGAAGACCUUGUUUGUGGACAGCUACAGUGAGAUGCUUUUUUUUGUGCAGUCACUGUUCAUGCUGGGGACCGUGGUGCUGUACUUCUGCCACCACAAGGAGUACGUGGCCUCCAUGGUGUUCUCCCUGGCCAUGGGCUGGACCAACAUGCUCUACUACACCCGCGGCUUCCAGCAGAUGGGCAUCUAUGCUGUUAUGAUUGAGAAGAUGAUCCUGAGAGACCUGUGUCGCUUCAUGUUUGUCUACCUUGUUUUCUUGUUCGGGUUUUCCACAGCGGUGGUGACGCUGAUUGAGGAUGGGAAGAAUAACUCUGUGCCGGCUGAGUCCACAUUGCACAGGUGGCGAGGGCCUGGCUGCCGGCCACCUGACAGCUCCUACAACAGCCUGUACUCCACGUGUCUGGAGCUGUUCAAGUUCACCAUUGGUAUGGGCGACCUGGAGUUCACCGAGAACUAUGACUUCAAGGCUGUCUUCAUCAUCUUGUUGCUGGCCUACGUGAUUCUCACCUAUAUCCUUCUGCUCAACAUGCUCAUUGCCCUCAUGGGUGAGACUGUCAACAAGAUUGCGCAGGAGAGCAAGAACAUCUGGAAGCUACAGAGAGCUAUCACCAUCCUGGACACGGAGAAGAGCUUCCUUAAGUGUAUGAGGAAGGCCUUCCGCUCAGGCAAGCUGUUGCAAGUGGGGUACACACCUGAUGGCAAGGAUGACUACAGGUGGUGUUUCAGGGUGGAUGAGGUCAACUGGACCACCUGGAACACCAAUGUAGGUAUCAUCAAUGAAGACCCGGGCAACUGUGAGGGCAUCAAGCGCACCCUGAGCUUCUCCCUGCGGUCAGGCAGAGUUUCAGGAAGAAACUGGAAGAACUUUGCCCUGGUUCCCCUUUUAAGAGAUGCAAGUACAAGAGAAAGGCACUCUGCCCAGCCAGAGGAAGUUCAUCUGAGGCACUUUGCAGGGUCCCUCAAGCCAGAAGAUGCUGAGGUCUUCAAGGAUCCUGUUGCUUUAGGGGAGAAGUGA